AUGUAUUCAACAGGUUUGAAGUUUGUUUUAUGUGAAGGAAUGGCUCAAGAGAAUGUCCUUAAAAAUAGACAUGAAUCACUAACAUUUUCCUUCAUAACUACUGCAUAUAUGCAAGCAAGUAAAUCUUCCUCGUCAGAAGAAAAAAGUGACAAAGUUUCUGCUGCAAAACUUAGUACUUGGAAGAAAGUUUUUUCCUCUUUGGCAGCUGGCGCUGCUGCUGGAGCUCUGGCAAAAACAACUAUAGCUCCUCUUGAUAGAACCAAAAUAAAUUUUCAGAUUACAAAUACACGUUAUACAAUGAAAGAAGCAUUUCGAUUCAUCAGACAUAGUUAUCGUCAAUCUGGUUUCCGAAGCUUAUGGAGAGGAAAUUCAGCUACUAUGGCACGCAUAAUUCCUUAUGCAUCAAUUCAGUUUGCAGCUCAUGAACAAUGGAAACAUCUUCUUGGUGUUGAAACAAAUGAAGAAAGGAAAAAGCACCCAGGAAGAUCAUUUAUUGCUGGAUCUUUGGCUGGUGUGGUGUCAACUACUUGCACUUAUCCCUUAGAUCUUGCUAGAGCUCGAAUGGCUGUUACACACAAAGAAAUGUACAACAGUUUAUCUCAGGUGUUUUUUAAAAUUUAUAAAUUUGAAGGAUUCACCACCUUUUAUCGUGGGUAUGCACCAACUCUUCUAGGAGUCAUUCCUUACUCUGGAACUGGUUUCUUUACUUAUGAAACUUUAAAAAGAUUGCACAGUGAGAAAACUAAUGACAGGCCACUUCAUGCAUCAGAAAGAUUGAUAUUUGGAGCUACAGCAGGCUUGUUGGGGCAAUCUGCUUCCUAUCCUUUAGAUAUUGUUCGGCGAAGAAUGCAGACGGCUACUGUCACAGGAUAUUUGUAUAGUACUAUUAGAAGUACACUUGCUAAAGUUUAUAAAGAUGAAGGUUUUCUAGGACUAUAUAAAGGUUUAAGUUUAAAUUGGAUAAAAGGACCAAUAGCUGUGGGUAUAAGUUUCACUACUUUUGAUAUCACGCAGAAUUUUCUGAGAAGUAUAUCAUUCUUUUCAACAACAUAG